GGGCCCAAGUGCACCGCAAAUGGUGCGGGGCUGAUUAUCAGGGACAUGGAGGACUUGGCCUUCGGUGUGGCGUGCGUCGAAGCCUCCGGCUGCAUGGGCCAGUGCUCCAAGGGUCCCAAUGGCAUGUACUCAGAAAAGUCCGGUGCGAAGGGAAAGAUCACGAACAAACUGAACAAAUAUAGUAAGCUGACCGAAAUGUUGGGCGAAGUCAUCCAAGGAUUUGGCCUGGACGAACUUCAGAGCCGGGUCCACAAAGUGAAAUUUGCAAUUCGAAGAGAAGGAAACGCUGAUACGCGCAUGCAAGCCAUUGAAGAAACCUUGUCAACCAUUGACGAUCAGCAGAAACAGAUGCAUCCAGAAAUAUAUGCAGAGAUUCUAUGCCUGAGAUCCAGGGAGCUCACCAAGGCCGACCCCAUCGCUGCUUACAACGAUCUGCGGGAAGCUUUGAAGCUGUUACCAGACUGGCCUUGGGCAUUUGUUUCCUUGGCACAGGUGCUGGACAAUCUGCAUAUGCCUAGGGGCGCAUUGGCGUCCAUGCAGAGAGCCAUCGAGAUAGGGACAGGCGUCGACAAAAAUGCCCUCACAAGGGGAAUGGUGCGCUUGGAACGCAAGGCCGCCGACUCGAAGGGUCCGGAUGUGCCACCCGAAGGCGUGGAAAUGGACAUUCGCUACGUCAAAGAGAAGUCCUUAGGAGGAGAGGUGGUUACAAAGGCAGACAAAAAGGGAAAGGAGAAGGGCAAGAAGGAGAAGGAGAAGGAAGCGGCAGAACCGCAGGAGGACAAAGGUGAGGGCGAGAAGCCUGAGAACCCUGAGAAAGCAGAGAAGAAAGAAAAGAAGGAGAAGGUCUCCAAGACCAAGGAUGGCAAAGAGGUCAAAGCCUCCAAGGCAAAAAGCAAAUCGAAGAAGGGUGCCGGAGCUUCCAAAAAGGAGGAACCGAACGCUGCAUCCAGCAGCGAAGCACCCGACUUGCCGAAGUCACCCAAGUCACCCAAGGUCCAGGAGACCGCUCCGGAGCCGGAGCUGCAGGCUGAGCAACUGGCUGCGGUGGCGAAGCCGGUGGACAUCAUGAAAGAUUUGGUCGCGAAACAAAAAGAAAAAUUAGAUUCAAAAGAUCUCAAGUCCGCCAAGAGCAGAGAUCUUUCUGAGAAACCCAAAAAGCACCACGGCGAGAAGAAGAAGGCCUGCGAUGCGUUUCCGAUGACCUUCGCCUGCAAGGGCAAACCAUCGAAGCAUUUUGAGUCGUCCAUUUGGCAUAUCGACCUAGCUGCGAAUUUGGGUGAUCACGGCGAAGAGAUCCAGCGGUCUUAUACGCCCUACAGCACGGCAGAAGAGUACAAGAAGGGCAUCCUGAUCCUCCUCAUCAAGGUGUAUCCCAAUGGCCGCAUGUCGUCCUAUCUGGGGAAGAUGAGCACCGGAGAGAACAUCCUGGUCUCCAACCCCGUGGCGACUGUGGAUCCCGCCGACUAUCCGGAGGGUGGCAUCAUGGUUGCGGGUGGCAGUGCGGUGGUGGUGGCACUGCAGGUGAUCACAGCAAUGUUGCCGAACAUCACGGAUUCCUUCCACCUCUAUUUGCUGCUCGGCAGAAACAGGGAAGCCAUCGAUCGGUAG